CCAAACAACAAACGCGUCUACUCUAAGUAUUUUACGUUAAAAUCGUGAAGAAUGGAGGGAUUUUCAUGUCCAAUCCAAUUACUUAUCGAUGCUGCUGAGGAAAUCGAUGAAGGUGCUAGCGAGAAUGCACAUUCCGCUCCGAAUGUCUGUCUCAGUAUCUCGGAAUCCCAGCGAUGUCACUCGACCUGCAGCCAUAAAAAUAACCAUAAAUCAUGUUCUUGCCGUCGUACCGUGUCGAAAUUCCACAGUAGCCGUCGGAUCAAUUGCAAUUGUCAUUAUAAAUGCCGUAAUCGAAGCACUACAACCUGUGAGAGUAGCCGAGAGUUUUUAACGAAUCGAUCUAUCUACAGUUCCUUCUUCAGGGAAUAUGCUCAAGGUCGCCCCGACGGCAUUUGUACUCAUAAUCGCACAUGCUGUAAACAAGGCACUACGGCCUGUGAGUGUAGCCGAGAUUUUUCACCGGAUCAGUCUACCUACAGUUCUUCCUACAGGGCACAUUCUCACUAUCGAACCGAUUGUUCCCGCUCUCGAAGUUGUUUCAGGUCCUCCGGAAAUACUUACCACUACAGGGCCGAAUGCAAUCGCUCUCCCAGUCGUUCAAGCAGAGUUAAAUACGGAUAUAUUGAAUUGGAUCACUGUUAUGCAAGUCGAAAUACAACAAAAAAGUCGUUCAAAGACGUUGGCACAAGCCCCUUGAAUCGAUCCGUAGCAUCGAGCAGAGCUGCAUUUUCACAGCAAUCUUCACUAUGCCGAGAUGAUCUUCCAAGACGAAACGCUACAGACGUGAGCACCAGUCCAAACGAUAAAGUAUUCGGGAGUCUACUGAAGGACAUCAAAGUAAUUCCUGCAAUUGGUAAUUAUACUUCGGAAUAUACCGAUCGCGUGCCUCUUUACGAGUUAAAGAAUGGGCUCACACCGAAUUCGAAACAAACAAAACUGCUUCCGACACAUGUUUCAACAAUGGAAUGUAGUAUUGAGAGAAAAUUUGAGUCUUCAUUGAACAUAAGCAAAACGCCAUCAUUCUCUAGGGUAAUUACUUCUACCCCACGCGUGAAGCGCAUUCGCAGAAAUAAUUCAACAGACGUGGCGCUCAACUCGUCAAACGUCGUAGGUGGUAGUAGGACAAAACAGGAGAAUCUUGUGGCAUUGGACCUUUGCACUAAAACAACAAGGAUCAGUCAGAAUGUUGAUGUAGAUAAUUUUGCUGACGUCUUAAUUAACGUCGAAGAACCGCUCGAUUUAUCAAAGCACGCCGAUAACAAGUUGGCAGAUUAUUUCGCUACGUGGUCUGUUGACUUAGGUGGCCUCAUACUACAUGAUGACCAAAAGGAAGAUCACCUUUUUUUGAACAAUUUAACAAUUUACGAGUAUUUCGAAAAGUAUAAUGAACUCAGCGAUGUUGAAGGUAACGAAAACGAUGUGACGGGUAAGCUGAGAGAUGAUGAUUAUGAGCUUAGCGAUGCUGAAGAUGUGCAAAGGGGUGUGGAAGGAAAUAUUUCCGAUAGCGAAUAUGAACUUAGCGAUAACGAUUUUAGUGAUGGUGAAGACGAGUGUGACAAUGGCGAAAGCGUGCUUAGUGAUGUGGAUGGUGGUAACAAAGACGAUGAAAACAUAUUUUCAUGCAGCACCAAGGAUACAUAUCCAGCAAAAGAUGAUGAUUGUAUCGAUGUACUAGACAAGGAAAGACUGAUAAAAAAAACUAAGCAAUCGGAAGCGAAUCACCAAAAACCGCCAAAGAGGCCUUGCAUAUACCAGAGAUAACGGAACGGUAGUGCCAGCACGUGAGGUGAAACCUCCAUGCAAUUGUAGAAUGAAAUGUUCUGAGAAGUACACCGCAGAAAUUCGUCGUAAACUUUUGCAAAAUCUUUUGCGAUUGAACUUUCAGAGUCAAACCCAAUUUUUAGCAAACCAUAUAGAAGUUAAGUACACGGCCAGACCACAGGUAGGUAUUUUACAAAAACUAUUAUCUCUAUAUGCCAUGUGUUCAGCAUGACCUCCUUAAUUCAGUUCGAGAU